AUGGUGAACCAAAGCCGACAAGUCGCUUCUUUGCUCGCAGCGGCUUUAAUUGCACAAUCUGCUCAUGCUUUCGUACCACCUGCUGCACCCCAGGCGACAUCUACUCCAAUUCCUACUGAUGUUGCUCUCUUCGAAUCCAAGGAGGACCAUGAAUCCCCUUCGAGUCUUCGUUCUUCUGCUGUAAAGAAGUUGUUCUCGGGUCUGAAAAAGACUGCAAAGUUCCUUCCAGUUGUCGUAGCAUCAGCGGCUUUUCUUGUGGCGUCUCCAGAUAAGGCAGAGGCGUCAGCUCCUGUCAUGGCCAUGCCAAAGGCUGACGAACGCGAUCCCGCAAGCGAUGCCCUGGAGAGCCACCAACGGAGAAUGCAACAAGUCGCCCAAGAAGAGCUUAGGACAUUCACGGAAAAGGCACGGCAAAUUGAAGUCUCCGAAGGACCAACAGCACGUGCGGAUUUCGAGGAAGCCUACAAGGCCAAUAAAAAACUAAAGGCUCAGGAGAAAUUGGAUGCAAUUGAAAAACUAAAAAAUGAUUUGCUGGAUCAAGGAAUCUGCCCCUUCAUUGAUAUUGAAGGACAGCGGCAAAUGAUUUCGAUUGAGAAGGGAGUCGAUCUGGGAGAGGUGUCAGGUACUGCGUUCAAUCUAGAGAAGGAAUUUGAAAAGCGCAACCCCCAGCAAACCUUUAGAGUUCGAAAGCAGGCCAACCGUGAAGUCAUCAAGUGCAUGGUCGAAGAUAUGAGAAAUCGAGAUAUUGAUCCAGUUGAUUACUUCAAGACUCAUCAGCAGAGAACAGCGGCAAUCCUGGAGUUGCCAGCAGCCCAAGCAACGUCAAUGGCUACAACGUACCGGGCCAAUCUCGACUUGUAUGGACAAAUUACAGUUCCAAAGGAAGGUGAAACCAGUGCAAAGGAAAUUAUGGCAAAACAAGGAAAGUCAAAAAGUAAGGAGGAAGCAAAGCGGAUCAAAGCUGAAGCGAAGGCAAAGGCUGCUGCAUUGAAGGCCGAAGCUAAGGCUAUGGCUAAGGAGGAGAAGCAAAGGGCAAAGGAUGUGAAACAAAGGGCAAAAGCAGAAGCUUUGGCUUUGAAGGAAGCAGAAAACAAAGCAACCGAAGCUGCGACAGCUGAGAUAGAAUCAUCAUUGGCGUCUGAAGACGAUUUGGAUCCGGUAGUUGGCGAUUUGGAGCCGGGGUCAGCAGAGGAGACGAAUCCAGAAGUUGUCGCGGCAGAAAAGAAAAAGCUCCCAAUCGUUCCAGCUGCCACAGUCCUUGUUACUGUUGGGGGUGGUGGUUACGCUCUGAAGAUGGCUCGCGAUAAAGCCGCAGACGAAGAAGCAGAACGGCAACGUCAGUUUCAACUGUUGAUGGGGGGCCAAGAUACGGAAUCUUCUCCUGCUGCAGCUCCGGCUCCAGCUCUAGAGGAAGUAGAUGCUGAUUUGUCUGAAAUUAGUUCUACAGACCAGAAAAGUAAGGCAACCGACGAGGUUCAGGCUCCACAAGAAGUUGCUGCUCCAAAGAAGAAAAAGAAGCGUGGUUUCUUUGGAAAGAAAAAAAACAACCGCGAGACCGAUAUCACUGCUCUUGUUAGCUCGGAUGCAAUGGCACCUGCUUUUGCUACGGUUCUUGCUAAGAUUUUGACAUUUGGGGCGCCUGGACGAUUUCCUGAAAUUUUGGCUCUUCCAGGUGAUAUGCCAAUGCAAGAGUUUUCUGUAGAAGCAGCAACCGGAAUGUUGGUUGAGGCGCAAGCAAACGCUGGUCUCAGUCGAGAAAACGCAGCGGAAAUCUUUGCAAAUGUAGUCAACUGCAUGUUGAUCGACAUCGUGGACUUGGCUUCCACUUCCUUGAAAGAAAAGGACAGCAAACUCACUGUUGAAGCAAUUGGAAUUGUGAUAGACUUCAUGAAUCACGCCUCUUCACUAUACAACUCGAUCGCAGAAGGGGUGGUCAUCGUGCCGGUCACUUAUGGAGGAGAUCUUGCCAAGGGAAAACUGGAACAAAUGUACAGUGCAUACGCAGUCUCUGCCAUGACUAACCUCGGUUCAGUCGAUGAAGACUUUGACGAUCGAGUUAGGCUGCUACAAGAUGUUUUCCAAAUUAACGAAAAAAAAGCAGAGGGUUUGAUGAUGAAGGCCAUGCAAAAGAAUAUGAUGGAGAUGAUGAAGUCCGGUGAAGGAAUGGAAGGGCUUGAAGAAAUGAUGAAGGGAAUGGGAGAUAUGGGAGAUAUGGGUAUGCCUGGAAUGCCUGGCAUGGAUGGAGAAGAACCGAGUCCAGAGCAAUUAAAAGAAAUGCUAUCUGCAUUGAAGGAACUCAAAGAUUCUGGAUCCAUUCCUGACUCAGAAUUGGCCGAAGUGAAGAAACAAUUCAGAGAAGCAUUCGGGUCUAGUAUAGAUGAAGUGAUGAAAGAUGCGAACAAUGCAGGAGGUGAAAUGUCCACUCAAGACAAAGAGCUCUUGGAGCUAAUGAAGUCUAUAUUAGAUUAG